CCUUUUAGGUUAUAAAAUGAAUGAAUUAGUAUUAAUAAUGUACUAAAACUUACUACUGUCCAUUAUAUCUUAAUUUAUUAACGAAAAUAAAUUGUACAUACUAUAUAUCAAAAACUUUAUAUUAAAGUGUUCUAACGUUUCACAUUACUGCGUGUAUCUGCGGUAUGUCGCAAAAAUCUAUCGUUGAAGUAGACUUACCUAUACAAGAAGUACCAUUUGAGGUGCACGUGAAAAAGGAGCCAGAAGAAAGGACAGACGAGCCAGAAGAAAGGACAGACGAGCCAGAAGAAAGGACAGACGAGCCAGAAGAAAGGACAGACGAGCCAGAAGAAAGGACAGACGAGCCAGAAGAAGGAACAGAUGAGCCAGAGAAAGGAAGAGAUUUGGAACAAACUGAGACACAAUCGGUUGUGAAAAAUGAACUGCGAAUAAAAGAGGAACACGCUUGGGAGGAUGAGGUGUUCGAGCCAGUGCGGGUGAAAGUUGAGAGGGGGCUGCCUCACUACGAGGGCGCGGUGCAGGAUGUCACUGGAUCGAUCUCUGAUGCAGUGACGAGCUACGGAUCAAAGGACUACGCCUCGAAUCUCAAACACGAGCUUCUAGAAGAAAUCGACUCAAGAAAGAAACGCGAAUUGUCCGCACUCAUCAAAAAGGAAACUUACCCAUGUGAAACUUGUGGCGAGCUUUUCACACUCAAAUCAAGGCUAAAAAACCAUAUGAAAGAACACGGGAAAAACCGCUUCAUGUGCGAUGUAUGUAAAAAGGGGUUCGAUUUCAAAUAUAAACUUAUAACCCAUUUUAGAGUACACACUGGGGAGAAGCCUUUCUCCUGUAACAUUUGUAAUGAGCGCUUCAAGAGGAAAGAUAACCUAAGAGAACACAUUGCAGUUCAUGAUGGGACAUUGACAUGCGAAAUAUGCAAAAGGCAACUUAAAACUGCAAGAAGCUUAAAAAGUCAUAUGAAACUCCACGAGGGAGAUAAACCGUUUCCGUGCGACACGUGCACUUCAUGUUUCAGUACUAGAAGAGCUUUGGAUGAACAUAAACUUAUACAUACAGGUAUAAAACAAUUCUCAUGCGACGUUUGCGGUAUGAAGUUCUUAAAAAAGAAUCCCCUAGUCAUGCAUAAACGGGUACACACGGGUGAGAAGCCGUACGCGUGUGAUGUAUGUAAUAAAUCGUUCAGAUUAAGAUACCAGGUAAAUACUCACAAAAGAGUGCACACGGGACAGACGCCGUAUUCUUGUGGUGUAUGUAAAAAACAAUUUUCGCAUAAGAGUAAUUUGACUAAACAUGAAUUAAUACACACGGAAAACCAGCCUUAUUGCGAGAUAUGUAAGAAGCACUUUAUGCAUAAAGCGUCUUUAGUUAUUCAUUUAAGAAUACAUAGUGGAGAGAAGCCGUAUUCUUGUGAUAUAUGUAAUCGAAAAUUUAAGGAUAAAAGGUACUUACCUAGUCAUAUAAGAACGCACACUGGUGAAAAGCCAUACGCAUGUGAUGUAUGCAACAUGCGGUUCACGCUAAGAACUGGUCUGAACGAUCAUAAACGAGGCCACACGGGAGAGAAACGGCAUUCAUGUGAAUUGUGUAAAAAAAAGUUUGUGGACAAAAGGACCCUUGUUAGACAUAUGCGUACUCACACUUAAUACCAAAUUAUAAAGGCAUCAUUGGGUACUUUCCUCUACUUAAAAUAAAUUAUUUCACACUGUGCACGAAAUUAAACACCAGAUAAUUAUCAGAAAAACAUAGAUAGCAGUAAUUUUGAACCACAAAUUCUAUUUAAUAAAUCGGAUUGAAAUAAAAAAAGUAGGUGAGUUGACCGUGACGUCACUAUACAAAUUUUCAUAUAAACUCCAUAGUAUCAAUACGUUUUGACAGUUAUAAAAAAGAAGCUGAUUUGACUAUCUAGUAGGAAAGUAGCCAAUUAUAUGUACGCCUGAAUUGUGUUGAACAUGAUUAACAUUAUAUAACA